GUCAACCAAGACACUCUCAAGUCGAAGGAUAAGUGCAUCCGUGUCGCCCGCGAGCACCUUCUUGCAAAUCGCCCCGUCGUUGUUGACAACACCAACCGUGACGCCGCCACACGGAAGCUCUACAUCGACCUCGCUCGAGAGGUCAAUGCGCCUAUCCGUGUUUUCCACUUCGCCUGUUCCCUCGACUUGGCCCGGCACAACAACCGGUACCGUGCAUUCUAUGCCCCCCGUAAUGAGCCUAAGCGCGAGAUUCUGCCCGAGUCCGCUUUCGCCUCGUACAAGAGCGCUUUUGAAAUUCCCGCGCCUAAGGAAGGCUUCGACGAAAUGCGGACGGUGAACUUCAUCUGGGAUGGCACCGACAAUCAGCGCACUCUCUGGGACCAAUACCUCGCAUGA